GUUCGGCGUGCUUACACAAGAUUGCUAAUGACUAGGUACUGGAUGCACUCAGCCCAUAUUAAGGGGCGCAUAUCGGUAUGAAGAGUUGUUGAAAAUCUUAAUAAGCUGCGAGCCAAGCUCAUACUAUUCACAAAAGAGGGAGAAUGAGAGGGAGAAAAAGACAAAGUCUCGCAGCAAACCAAAGCAUAGGGGCAGGGGCGGGGGCGGGUUCGUGUGCUAUACGCUCCAGGCUGCCGUAUUUCUUCCCAGGCGGGUAUGCAAGACCGCGUAAUCCGGUCGACCUUCAACUGUUAGACAAAAUCCCUACGGUUCGAUUGUGUAGAUUACUUUUAAUGAUUAUGUGAAGUAUAUUCACCUCUGCUGCAAGUCCCAACGUUCUUUCAAUAUGGUUAUCGACAGGUUGACCCCCGAGAUAUUUAUCUCGGCUCCUCGAAGAGGACCAGCGGUGCCUAAUGAUGAUGGCACGCUUGCUUUGUAUACCGAGUCAAUUCACCAGAUAGGUGGGAAGACUCGAAGAUACAUAUACAUUCUGAAUAUCGCAACGAGGUUAUCCUCAUGCAUUCUACACGACGACCAAGCCUACGAGCCUAGUUGGCUUGGGGAUGGUACUAAUACGAUUAUUUAUCUCAAGAGUGGAGGCAUGGGAAUUACGUUCCUUCUUGUUAUCAACGUUGACAGAUCUCCUCCUGAACCUUCUAUUGUCGGACACAUUCAAGGGCCGGUGCGUGGGCUUAAGACUAAGGCCCUUGGUAAUGGGAUUCUAGCGUUCACGAUUUUGGGCUGCGUAGAUACAGAUGGGAAGCUCCGAAAUACGAAGAACAGAAAAGUCCACAAUGGAAGAGUAUACUGUUCACCUCGGCUAAGAUACGACGAUCUGAAGAAUGAGCCUCAUCCAUACACUAUUUGGUACUCGACACUAUCUAGGCAAGAAGGCGACUGGAGAAUUGCUGGAGAUUUACAUAAUGCUCUGGACUCUACUGGUCUGCGUAUACCCCUGGAGGAGAGUGGCCUUUAUGAAGAUGCAAAAUCUCAGUACGAUAUGUGCGAGAAUGGAAUAAUCAUUACUGCGGAGAGCCCAGAGUAUCAAAAUCCCGGCCCAAGCGGCACGAGCAAUAUCUAUUUCAUUCGUAUACGAUCAUUUGAGAAUGGAAUCAUUGAGGCGCCGACUAAGAUCGAGACACAAAGUGAAGGAUGUCAAGCUAUUUGCACCAUGCCGCAAUUCAGCCCGGAUGGUGCUUUAAUAUCCUUCUUGUGUAAUCAGACAGUGAAUCGGGAAUGGACGGAGAUCUACGUAUAUCAUACUUCGGCGUCUCAAAGCGCUGUCAACGUCUUCGGUAUGGUGACUGGUAGACCGUGGGAUCUAGCUCCAACUAGCUUUCGGUUUUCCGCAAACGGUCAUUCCUUGUAUAUCACCGCGGAAGACUGCGGUCAAGUCGGCCUCUAUCGCUUGAACCUUCAACCGCAUGCGUAUCCUGUGCCUCUAUUGCGGUAUGGCACGGUGUCCGCCUAUUAUCCACUUAGACGAAGUGAUAACGGCGAAGUCCUAGUGACGAGUUCGAGCUUCGUAGAAAGCUGUUUCUACCAGGUCAUCAGCGACGAUGCUGCUGUUAUGCUAUCCUCAUCAUCCGAUCACGGGUCUAAACUUGGUUUAUCGCCGAAGCAGGUUUCCGAGAUAUAUUACGAGGGCGGUGGUGAUUACAUCGUUCAUGCGUGGGUAAUGAAGCCUCAGUCUUUUGACGAGACGAAGAAGUACCCAUUGGCAAUAUUGGUUCAUGACGCCGCGGGCUUUAGGUCAUGGCUUAACGCAUGGGAUAUGAAGUGGAACGCCGCUGCGUGGGCCGAACAAGGUUACGUCGUGGUUCUUCCUAAUAUCACAGGCAGUACUGGGUACGGUCAAGACUUCGCAGCAGCUGUUCAUAACGACUGGAGCGGCCGGCCGUACGACGACCUGGUCAACUGUCUAUAUAAUCUGAGGGACAUGCCUGGCGUCGAUGUCGACAACGCGAUCAUUGCCGGAUCGGGACACGGUGGCUAUCUGAUGAACUGGAUCCAAGGACAUCCUCUGGCCAGACGCUUUAAAGCCAUGGUUUGCCACGCUGGCGUAUUCAACACUCAGUCCAUGUCAAUUCAUGGCAAAUCUGGUGAAGAACUUCCGUCAUCGGGGACAGAUCUGGCAGCACUGCAUCGCUGUAACCCGGCACGUUCGGGCUUACUGCAAAAUUGGAAAACCCCAAUGCUCGUGAUACACAACGAAAGGGAUAGCGUGUUCCCUGUUAGUGAGGGCUUAGCUGCGUACAACAAUCUGCAGUCUCUUGGCGUUUCUACGAAAUUUUUGACAUUUUCAAAUGAGGGACACGAUGUUUCAAAGGCAGAGAAUUCGCUUGAGUGGCAUCGACAGGUUUUUGCAUGGGUUAAUGGAUAUACGAAGAAUACUACUACUACUGCGGGAAUUGGACAGGCUUCUGAUACUGGUUCUAAUUGAUAUAAGGCUUACU